AUGGGCUCCUCUAAACUCACUCCAUCACCAUCUCCAGCCAAAGUAGACGGCAAAAAGUCGCGGGCCAAGCACGCAUGUCGCGAAUGCAACAUCCGCCGAGUGCGCUGCGAUGUGACGGAAAAGCAGCCGUGCUCGAAUUGUCUGGCCGCCGGGGCGAACUGCGAAAUCCUGCCAUCGCGCAGAGGAAGAGAUGUGCGGCCAGACGCUUCGAAUCCGCGAGACCAUGCGCCCCAGGAAUCUCAGGACUCUCAGGACCAAGAAGUUGAGGAAUCUUCACCGAGUCCAGUGCCGGGUACUCGUUUCUACGGCGAGUCAAACUUUCUCACUCUGGUUCCUAGCGACGAGGAGGACUUUUCAAGUCGAUCUCACACCUCAAGAGGCAACAACGCCAAUAGCCAAAAGCAGCGGUUCACAUUCCCCAUGCCGGCCACGCCACAGUCUACUUCUCAGACCACAGAGGGCCGUACUGAUAUCAGCGCCGGAACAAUGCGUUAUCUGCGCAACGAGGGUGCCCUAACUCUCCCGGAUCUUCGUAGCUGUUUACCAGCUUUGGAGGCGUACUUUACUUGGUUCCAUCCAAGUUGGCCCCUCUUGGACAGGGCGCAGAUAGCACGACGACUGGCAAAUGCCACCUCGUUCUCUUCAGUCGACAUGUCCCGGAUGUUGCUGCAGGCAAUGCUCUUCAUCGGAGCGACAUACUGCGACGCAGCAACAAUUCGGGCCAUGGGAUUCGAGGACAGAUAUCAGGCAAAGACUACAUUUUACACGAGAACCAGGAUGCUCUUUCACACCGAUUGGGAGAAGGACGAAACAGUGCUGAUUCAGUCGCUAUUCUUGAUGAGCUUCUGGAGAGGAACACCGACGGAUGUGAGAGAUGUGCGGUACUGGCUUGGAAUUGCGAUUACGCUUGCUGAGUCGUACGGGUUCCAUCGCUCAUCCCGUUCCAUGUCAAAAGAUUCACACACAGCUCGAAUGAGACGAAGGAUAUGGUGGUCAAUCUACGUAAGGGAGCGGCAAGCGGCUGCGUCUUUGGGACUUCCCAGCAGAAUCAGAGACGAAGACUGUGAUAUUGAGCCGCUCAGCCCAUCAGAUUGGGAAACGGAUAACAGUGGCCCCGACUCUCCCUUUGGCUCGUGUCUACCGGAGCACGUUACGUACGCGAUCAAGAUGGUGGAGAUUGCCAAGCUACUGGGUAAAAUCAUCGAUGUUCACUUUGUUCCUGGUAACGCUUCACUAUCUGUGACUUCUUCAAAUACUCUCCGAGAUCUCAACAAUUCUCUCGAAGCCUGGAGGACAAGCCUUCCGGAACACAUCAAAUACUCCCCAGAAGAAGGCUCAGAUUCUGUAUGGACAUGUCUCCUUCACCUCGCAUAUAACCAUCUCAAGAUCUUGAUCCACAGGAAUAGCUUCCUGCGCCUUGAAUCCACCACCCCUGGCUCACAAAUUGUCCUCAAAGCAGCUUGCCGUAUCAGCCGCAUCGCCGAAGACAUGUGUACUCAAGGAACACUCCGUUAUGGGCAAAUGCAUCUCAUCACAAGCAUAUUUUCCGCUCUUUGUAUCCACACCAUUACAAUCCGCCGAGGCACAGGCCUUACAAGGCGUCUUGCCGAACAUCGCGCUGAGACUUGCCUUCUUUGCUUGAAAGAGGUCCAAAAGUACUGGCGAAUCAACAAUAACACACUCGAUCUCUUUUUACACGAUAGACACACCAGCUGCAGACGCGAAUCUGCGCUCAAGCCCCCACGCUGA